UCCAAGAUUGUUGGCAGGGGUAAGUAUGUCCACGAGAAGAUUACACACACCGUCCUUCCCUCUAGAGGGCCGGAAUAUGCCGCCGCCGCCGAGGCAUACUUCUCGGCGUUGAAGGAACGUUACGCUGAGUUGGGUGGGGUCAAACUCACGGGGAGUUGGGAGACGACGAUUGGCAGUGUGGGAGAUUUCCACCAUAUACUUGAAUACGAAGUCUAUAGAGGAUUGGACGAAACCAGUCGGGCCUUGCGCUCGGAUCCGGUCACUGAACAAAACAGGAGAUGCGGAAACUCCUUGCGGCUCUCCUUCCUCAUAUCACUUCAAGGAGAGCAUCAGGUCGUGUUCGAAUUCUCAUUCUGGCCAUCCUCACCCCCAAGAGACUCGGGUUAUCCCGGCGGAGGUGUGUUCGAGAUGAGGUCGUACCGUCUCCAACCGGGGAAAGCUACUGGGAAUGGGGAAAGCGCGGGGCGGAGGGGUCUCGAAGCCAGACGGCGAUUUGUGCAACCUGUCGGAGCUUUCUUCUCUCAAGUUGGCCAGCUACAUGAAGUCCACCAUAUCUGGCAAUACCCGGACAUGGAGACACGCAAGUCUACCAGAGAGCAAGCGUGGUCCGUAGGGACGUGGUCUGAGACUACUGUCAAACUGACCCAAUCUAUGCGGUCUACAAUCAUGGUGCCGUGUCCUUGGAGUCCUUUACGAUAA